AUGCCGUAUUGUGAGCAAGUCUAUGAAAAGAAAUACACUUAAAAUGUACUAAUUUAAAUGUAAAUAAAAUCAAAGAGUGGAACUAAGUGAAGAGUGUGUAUUCUUUUUAAGCACCAUACUUUAUGUGUAUUACUGGAAACACACACUGGGCCAAAAUGACGGAAAUUCCUGAUGUAAUCUAAAAAAGAGGAGUGAAAAUCUGCUAAACCCUGGAAUAUUUCUGACCUGUGGAAGUAAAUUCAAGCAAGACAUCAGUAGUAGAGGAGUGAUGAAGGAGUGGUCAGAUGCUGAAGGACAACCCUUCACAGGAGAAGUACAAAUACAACCUGUACAGAACAAAAACAAACUCUCCCGUCCCACUAACAAAAUGUACUUCUUCACACUGGCUCUCGGGAUUUGGCUUCUCCCAAGAACGGACACCUUGCAGUGUUACGAGUGUUUACCAGACAUCUUUGGAAAUUGCACACAGACAACAAAACAAUGUCCCUCAGACAGUUACCAGUGUGCUGCAACAAGAUUCAUGAUAUAUCUAGGUGAAUUUCAACUUGUUGAUGCCCCAGCUAAAAAAUGUGCUGCGGUCCAAGACUGUCUUAAUGGCUCAAUCAACUUUGGAGUUGCAAAAAUCGUAUCAAAGAGCCAGUGCUGCGAUGGAAAUUACUGCAACACUGCACAAGUCCCUGAGCCCAGCAGCUUCUCUGCAAACGGCCGGAGGUGCUUCAGCUGUGAAGGAACGGAGUGUGGCAGAACGCUAAACUGUGAGAAGAAUGAAGACUUCUGCAUCAAAUCAACAAUGAAUGACAACGGACAGAAACGGACCAUGAAGGGCUGCGCCUCAUCGCUGAUGUGCUCCGCUCAGUCGGUAGCUGCGAUUAAACAAAAAAUGGGAGCAGAAAUGAGCUGCUGUCAGGGAGAUUACUGCAACAGCGCCGACGCUACGAGGGCUGGACUGCUGCUGAUGGUGCCGUUGAUGUCUUUGGUCGUGUUUUAAUAGGAAAUGGAAACAGCUGUAUUGCUGCUCAGUUGUUUUUUAUAUACUUGUUGUAGCAGCAUCAUAAAGGUCAAAUCUGUUCCUAAAUGUGCAAUGGUCAGAAUUAAACUUGUCUAAAAAUUAUAUUUCUAACAUUUUUCUUCUUCUGAAAUAUUUCCAUUAAUGUUAAAGUCAAACAUAAAUAUGUCAGAUGUUAUCAAAAUAAGUUAAAUAAACCAGCUGAAGCUUUUCAAUUCACACAUCAAUGAAUCAAUUUGACUUCAAAUGUGUAUCUUACUAUAAUGAAAACAUGAAGGUUUCUACAUGAAGAAGAUCUCAGGAACAAACAGAGGGUCAACAAACUCAGCAUCCCACUGUCUUUAUGGGUGUGACCCUGCCAGGAAAGUUGACCAGUGAGCAGGAUUGAUGGUUUAUCCCUUGAGGUCCAUGUUGCAGGGGUGAGGUGGUGCUCACUCCUCACCCCUGCCACAUGGACCAAAGGGAUGAACCAUCAAUCCUGCUCAAUGGUCAGCUUUCCUCGCGGGGUCACACUCCUUGGGACAGUGGGAGGGUUAAAAAUGAUUAAUCAGAGCUUCAUCUAGGGGCGAGUUGGAGAUUUCGCUGGAAUACAACAAAGAAAACAAACAACAACAAACAAAAGACAAAGAAGUGUCACAGAUUAACUUUCAGUACUGUGUGAAAUAACUGCUUAAAAAAUAAAGGAAAUACAAAAAUAAAUCAUCUUUGAUCUGAAUGGAUGAAACAUCCCUAUUAAGCAUUUUGUUCUUUACGCAAUCACACAAAAAUCAUCAAUAGAAAUCAAAUGUAUUAAUCAAUGGAGAUCUGGAUUUGGAGUCACACUCUGAAUUAAAAUGGAUAAACACACUAUGGGCAGAUUCAGCUUUGAUGUAAUGUCCUAAAACAAGUCAGAAUAAGGCUCAGUAGUGUGUGUGGCUUCCACAUGCCUGAAUGACCUCCCUACAACACCUAGGCAUGCUCCUGAUGAGGUGAUAGCUGGUCUCCAGAGGGAUCUCCUCCCACACCUGGACUAAAGUGUCCACCAAC